ACUAACAAAGACAUCCCCAAUCUAACAGUCGCUGACUCCUCUUAUUUUAGUAGAAAUUUCGGUCAACACUCUCGAUUUCAACCUCAAUCCUCACUGCUCAGAUUCAUCGAAUCAAGCUCCCACUCCGCCGGACCCCAACCCCACCACCGCCAUGUCCUCUGCCACCGCGUCAUCCAUCUUCUCCACACUCAAAUACUCCGACAGCCUCACCGUCGUCGGCAUCUCCUUCUGCACUGCCAUCGUCUGCGAAUGCAUCUCCUGGCUCCUCAUUUACCGCACGAACUCCUAUAAAUCCCUCAAAUCCUCCAUCGAUAAAGCCUCCAAGAAGCUCGAAACCAUGAAGACUGAUAACCCCACCAAGAUCUCCCUAAAAAAAUCCAAAACCAAGAAGAUCGACCGCGUCGAGACCAGCCUCAAGGAGUCAAGCCGCGACCUGUCGUUAUUCAAGUUCAAAUCCGGCGCCGUUGUAGCCCUCGUUUUGUUCGUCGUUUUCGGGCUCUUGAAUUCUCUCUUCGAAGGCAAAGUGGUGGCGAAAUUACCCUUUAAACCCUUCGGAAUCGUCAUGAAAAUGAGCCACCGAGGGCUGGUGGGCGACGACGCGACGGAUUGUUCAAUGGCGUUUUUGUAUUUCUUGUGUUCCAUUAGUAUCCGCACGAAUUUGCAGAAGUUUCUUGGGUUUUCUCCGCCGCGUGGAGCGGCUGCUGGCGGCGGAUUGUUCCCGAUGCCCGACCCGAAGACUAACUGAAACCGGGCUUGCCUUUGUUAUGGACAUUGAGGAUUGAUUGAGCAACUGUGUCUUCUGCUUUAAUAAGGUUGAAUUUUUCAGGCUUGAAUGGGAGAAAGAACAGAGGCUUCUUUUAAUAGUAUAAUUUUGUUUUUAAUGUGAGAAAUGAUUUAAUGAAUUGGGAUGUUUUGGAUUAGGCCUAGCUUUUGAUUUGAUGAUGGUUUGAUUAAUAUGACUUGCUAAUUUAGUUUAGAUUAAGAAUCGAACUCGCUGGAAAUCUAGCUUUUGGCUUUGUUUAGUAUUUGAGUACAAAUUAGGAUGGUCGAAUUGUGUAUAAUUGGCUAAAUAUUCUGCUUUAUCCUGUCUUCUAUAACUCCGAACUAUAUGUAUUAUUUCCAGUCGUAUGAAUUAUUGGUCUCGAAAUCAAUUAUUUCUCA